CACGUUACUUUAGCGGUGACGUAAGACUGCGUCUAGUUUUAAAACUGUGGCGGUUUUUUGUGACCUUUGUUUUUAUAGUAACAACUUGUGUAAAACAUUUUUUCAGGGUUUUAAUUUUGUUUGUUAAUUAUUUUCUUUCAUUAUGGAUAUAAUGAUGGAUAAUCUGCUUUCAAAAAUUUUAUUUCCUGGGCGAGUGAUAAAGAUUGCACGUAGUAAUGGCUUGAUACACAAUGCGCAUAUAACAAAGGUUUGUCUUGACAAGAAUGCAGUGUUUGUACAAUGGAGUGAAAAUGGAAUAGACAAAGGGAAAGAGAUUGGAGUGGAUGAAGUAAUAUCAAUAAAUACUGGAUUACUAGAUUGGGGAAGUCUGACCCCAAAAGAAAAUUUGCCACCUCCGGAAAAUGCACUAACUGUAAGUAUAUCUUUUGAAAAUUGUUAA